AUGAGUUUUAUUCGAGUAAAAUGCUAUAAGGAAUAACAUUAAUUUAUUGAAUAAGUCUGCUUGAAUAAAUAAUGCCAAGCUAAUAGAAUUUAUUGUCAAUAAUGUCUUUAAGAUGGAGAUCAUGUUGCUCAUCCAAAAGAUUAAAAAAAUUUAUUUGAUUAAAAGAUUUUUCAAAAUAUUGACUAAAAAAGUGAAAGCUAAUCUCAAGAUUAUGUUUAAUGA